AUGACCCGCGCGCCCGCCGUCCAUUCCUCUGCUCCCUUUGCCCCGCACUCCGUGCACUCCAUCUCUCCCCCAGUCGUCUCCCCCCCAACUGUGCCAAUCUUCCCCCCUCUCUCCCUCCUGUUCUCUCUUUCCUUGCCUCACCCUGCCUGUCAAUCCGGUUCCUCCUCCACACCCUGCCCCUGCAGCUUCAACGUGUAUGUGUGUGCUGCGGCAGAGCACUGUCACGUACUGGUGUCCCAAGCUGAGGAGAGGAGAGAAGCCAAAGGCAGUGAUGAUAACACGGCUGCUACUGACUUAGUAUUUGAAGUAGAGCCCGAUUCCUCUCUUGCUUUCUCGUCUGCACUAAUUCAUGGCGCCAUCAGCACCAGAAAGGGCGGGCUGUCGGGAAUCGAACCCAUCGCAAGCGCCGCCGAAUCUCCUCUUGUCUCACCGAACACAUCGCUCUCGUUCGACGCGAUCCGCAUCGUCUCCCCCCCAACUGUGCCAAUCUUCCCCCCUCUCUCCCUCCUGUUCUCUCUUUCCUUGCCUCACCCUGCCUGUCAAUCCGGUUCCUCCUCCACACCCUGCCCCUGCAGCUUCAACGUGUAUGUGUGUGCUGCGGCAGAGCACUGUCACGUACUGGUGUCCCAAGCUGAGGAGAGGAGAGAAGCCAAAGGCAGUGAUGAUAACACGGCUGCUACUGACUUAGUAUUUGAAGUAGAGGUUUUUAGUAAUUAA